AAAUUAGUGUCAAAUUGACGACAUCGGACGUGCCGGUAACCAAGGACUAAAAGUGUAACUGACUUGCGCAGGAUUCAGCAUUAAGUAGACGCUUAGCCCAACCCGUGGCGAAGCAAGAAACUAGUGACUAUCUCCAGUGAUCAUCAGGAACCAGGCUCUUGGAAACCAUCCCUCAACCCGUAGGUGAUUUGCGCCGCCCGACACGAAAACUGCAUCGGUGGGUUUCAACCCUUUAAGAGUGUCGAACCCUCGAAGAUGACACACAAACACCCGAUACUUUUUUGUCUUACAAUUAUGAUGUUUUUCAAUCCUAUUUACUCUGCUUACUUGGAAAUCCUUGAACUUAAUGAAAAUCCCGGUAUAGUUGCGUUCAAGACUAAUUCAGUCUUUAUAAAAGAAGGAUCUCACACACUAUUCCAUAGAUUUAAUUUAUUUUCCUUUACCGUCGUUCUCAAGCAGUAUGAAUCCAUUAUUUUGAACAUUGAAGAAAACCCAAAGAUAGCAGAACUAGUUAAAAUUCUUAAACAAAAGCAGAGUCAGGCUUAUUUUAUCCUUGAAAAUUUAACCGCUAGAAGUAGAAAAACAAAACGAUCUCUUAAUUUUCUUGGGUCCACCUUAAAAAUGAUUACAGGGAAUCUCGAUAAUGAAGAUUUGUUAAAAAUAGAAAACCAACUUGAAAUUCUUAAAAAUUCAAAUAACCUUUUAGUAACAGAGAAUAAUGAACAAAUUCAAAUUAAUAAAUUGUUUGAGGAAAGGAUUAACAAUAUUACUAAACAAGCUUAUAGACAGUCUAGGGAAAUAGAUAGCAUCAUUAAACAGACAAGACUGAGCUUAGACAGACCUGUCGAAUGGGAACAUCUCCUGCACCUACACAACAUCAUCUUCAACAUCGACAUGAUCAACCAGCAGCUGUCUACAAUUUUCGAGGCCAUUCAGUUGUCCAAGUUGGGUUUAAUUUCAAAGGCUUUCUUACAACCAUCAGAGCUAGAAUUUGCAACGAAUCUGUUGGAGUCACAAGGCGUGGUGAUUAACAGCUAUGACCAAGUUUAUGAGUUUUUGGAACCCAUAGCAUUCCACAAUAACUCAGACAUAAUCCUACUCAUAAAAAUUCCUAAAUUCAGGCAAGGAGAAUUUGUGCAACUCCAAAUAGAAGCCAUUCCACGACAGUUUAAAAUCAUACCGAUAAAUGCAACAAAAGCCAUUGUUGGUAACAAUGAGUCUUACCUAAUUUCCCAUCCAUGCAUGAACAUCGAGCGUAGCAUCAUCUGCGACGUCCAGAUCUUGUUUAACACUUCAAAUGACGGAUGCUUACAUGAGUUACUAAGAGGAAAUACGGGUAACUGUACCUUCAUUAGAUCUCCAAUGAAACCUGACACAAAGGAAAUCGAGAAUCUCGGACUGUUAGUUAAAAACUCUGUUGAUCCGACUUCGAUGCAAAACAGUUGUGGAUAUGGUCCGAGGAAUUUAACAGGAACGUUUCUCAUAUCAUUUAGAGAUUGUUCCAUCACCCUCAACGGAAAAAACCUUUACCAGCAAAACAUUCAGAGGAGAAUCCAGACCUGUCAUCUUACCCCUACAUUCAGUUAG